CGCACCCUGGUGCAAGAAGAGUGGGAAAAAAGAAGAAAAUAAAAAGGGAAUAAGGGAAUACAAGAAGGCCUGACUUACAGAAUAUGCGGCUUCUCAACACCAAAACCUACCAGAUCAUUGAAUUCUUCGACUACAACAUCCCGGAAUAUGCGAUCCUGUCUCACACCUGGGGCGAUGAGGAGCUGACAUACCAGGAUUUGACCCAGUCAAUAGACCUCGCCCGCCAGAGGAAGCCCCAAGGCUUCGCCAAAGUCGAGGGCGCAUGUGCGCUCGCCCAGUCCGAGGGCUACGCCUACAUCUGGAUCGAUACCUGCUGCAUCGACAAGACGAGCAGCGCGGAGCUGUCCGAGGCCAUCAACUCCAUGUACUCGUGGUAUCGCGGGUCGGCCAUCUGCUAUGCCUACCUGGUCGAUGCGGAGCAUUGCUUCAGUCCGGAAUUCAGAAACAGCCGCUGGUUCACGAGAGGGUGGACUCUGCAGGAGCUCAUCGCCCCGAGGGACGUUGUCUUCUACUCCAAGGACUGGAAACUGCUCGGCCGCAAGUCUCUGCUCAAGGGCCUGCUGUCUGAAAUCACGGGCAUCGACAUCAGCGUCCUUGCUGGGGCCGAUCCUUCCAUCAUCACGGUGGCGCGCAAAAUGUCCUGGGCGGCUAGCAGGAUGACGACGAGGGUCGAGGAUACGGCGUACUGCCUGAUGGGCCUCUUCUCGGUCUCUAUACCGCUGAUCUACGGCGAGGGCAAGAAUGCCUUCUUUCGGCUGCAAGAGGAGAUCAUCAAGACGGUUGACGACCAGUCCAUCUUUGCGUGGGUAGUGCCCGAGCUGGAGCAUCCCAACCAGCAGCUUUUUGGGCUCCUGGCCGAGUCCCCAAGUGCCUUUAAACAUACCGGCAAGCUGGUCUUCCCCUUCGCAACCAGUCGUCCUUCCAGGCGGGCGGCCCAGAUUGUGAACAGGAGCCUGCAGGUCGAGCUGUUGGUCCAGCCGCAGGACAUGUUCAUGAUGCAGAACGAUAACCCUGCGUAUCGUCGGCUGCCGCGCGGUCUUCAGUCAAACUAUUAUCUCGCCGCUCUGGGGUGCAGAUUUGGUCCGUCUGGCGACUUUUCUCCCUGUAUAGAUAUCUGUGCUCUGGAUGAAGGCAAUUCCCAGUUCGCGAGGGUCAACCCUUGGAUACUUCGCGAGACGCAUUUGGAUUCUACUACCAUGUCGUUACGAUCGAGACAGCAUUCUGAUUCUUGGCUCUAUCAGAUCACUACAUACUUUGAACAGUUAUUCCGGGAUCCGAAAGUCUGGGAUUCUCGUUUAGUCUCAGUCUCCCAGAUCCCUCGUGAAUCCACCUCUCUCGGUUUCCGCAUCCAGCUUCUCAGCAGCGGCAUCAGCACCAGGGAAGGCUUCCCCGCCGACCGAUGGUAUCGCGAUAAUCGGGUCCUCCAAGGAUCAUACCAGGUGCAAGACACAUACCCGGGCGGCCUGCUCCGCUUUGAACGGCGCCACGAUGGCGAAAAGAAUGAGGGAAUCACCCGGUCGAUCGAGGGUGUUGUGCGCAUUGGAGUCUCAGACGUGAGCCAAGAGCGAAAGGCGCCAAUAGGGACGAGAGACUUUACGAGGCAGCAGAUGGUGGCGAUGAAGCAUCCUACGCAGUUCGUUGCGCUUGUGCUAGGCAUGGACGUGGUUUACAACUUUGAUAGGGCCGGUUGGCGCCAAGAGCCCUGGUGUGCGAUGGUGAAGCUUGAGCCGGACAUGCAACUUGCGGACUUUAGGUAUCAGAUUGACUGGGAAGAACGGAGGUCUAGCAUGUUUGAUUGCUCUUCGAUUGGCGCUUUCUUGAUGGCAAACAUUGUGAUGUUGCCCGAGGACAAUCUGUAUACGGCUCAGCUUGAAUGUAGGCACAUGAGUGACUCAUCGGCGUCUUGGUGGACGUGGGUAUUUGGAGAUGUGCCAGAGUAUGAGGGUAGUGAUGAUAGAGUCUGGAGAGUCCGCUAGAAAGAAACAACUAUGAUGAGUUUGAUGUCUGAUAGAUGAGUGUGCGGAAGCAUUACAAAGGAGCUGUGCGCAGGAUAUGCUUCCAAGUAAGACGUCACCUCCUUAUCCAAGGCUCUUUUCCUACAAAUGAAGUAAGAGGAAGCACAUUAUUGCAGUAGAAUGCAUUGAAUUUAGUAGACGAGCAAUUUAGAAAAGCUAUAAUGC